ACACACAGUGUGAAGAGUUAUAAACAAGAAUUGCCAGCGUGUGAGAGAUGCGGUUUACGCACUUGGCAGACACACACAUACAUGUAGUGAAACCCGCCCACACGCACACUACAUACACACAGACUAACAUUACUAGAAUUCUCCACACACGCACAUCACGUGACGAGCGCGUCUGCCCUCUGCUCACCCCCCCACUCCUCCCCCUCUUACUGACGUCACCGCCCCCAGCGCCCUGGAGCCCCGCAGACAGAGCCGACAGACAGCAGGAGGGAGGCGGCCCGUGUGCAGCGGUGACGUCACGAGCUGUGUACCGAAGGGAGGGGAGCCUGGCUGGCACCGAGCAGGAGAAGGACCGGGACCAGAGGAAGAGACGUUUCCCCUGAGCCAGCUAGGUAGGCAAAGGCUAUCCCGGGCCGCAUCAUUUCCGUGGCUUAGGCUGCGUGCCCCUCAAUUGAAGGGAAUAUGCAGGAUUGCCCUGGAGGUUACUAGGGGACAGCUCUCCUGCACCUGCCCUGCAUCUGAACACUGGCUGCUGCUGCUGGAGAUGUACCAUUAGGUUGUUGAUCUACAACCAGAAGCUGCUUGCUUGCUGUUCAUUCCUGGAUAUGCCUUUAUAUGAAGCUCUGUUAAGUGGGUCCUGGAAAACACAUUGCUGGAAGGACUGUCGCCAUUUAAUGCUCGUGCUACCAGCCAGCUUCAAUCCUAUGUGUUUGUUCUGAGUUCAUUUCCAUUUUGCAGCAUAAAUUGCAAUACAUACAUUGAAAAUUACAGUUCACGCUGUUGCAAGUUUCAGUAAAAGUAAUAGUAUAUAUGCACCUUGGUAAAAAAAAUUCUAUGCACAUAGUGCUCUUUUCUGUUUCACAAGCAGCUUGUUAAAAUAAUUUUAUCAUUUUGUUUUUUUUAUUACAGCUGUAGAUAUUUAAACCUAUCACAGGAAUAUAUAUAUAUAUAGAUAUAGAUAUAGAUAUAGAUAUAGAUAUAUAUAUAUAUAUAUAUAUAUAUAUAUAUAUAUAUAUAUAUAUAUAUAGAUACAGAGUAUACAUAGAGUAUACACAGAGUUAAAAGAUGUAACUUAAACAUUUCAGAGCUCUUAGCUAUGGUACAUCAUUGCUGGAAUGUUGCCUCCUAGAGUGAACCAUUGCUUGUUUUUAUAGUUUUUAUAGAUUUUUAAUCACAAACGAAUCUAAACAUGGGUGAAGAUGGUAGCCCUCCACUGAAAAAGCUUGCUAAAGAAAUGGAUAUCAGUAUUGAGGUUCCUAAUGUUGCCAAGAAGGUAAUUACAAUAAAGAUGGAAAUAGAUGAUUAUAAAGAACCAUCUGCUGAGGAGAAUGCUGAGAGUAUCGGUGCAAACAGUGUUUCACUCUGUGGCUCCUCUGACUUAAACCCAGGAUUGAAACACACCUUGGCGCAGUUUAAUUUGAGCAGUCGAAGUUCGUUGGGCGGACCUGCAGCGUUUUCAGCACGGUUCUCUCAUGAAAACAUGUCCCCAACAGUGUUUUUACCUCUUCCUUCCCCUCAAAUUCACCCAGGACCCCUUCUUAUUCCUUCAGACAGUUCAACAGAGCUUACACAGACUGAUCUUGAAGGGGAAUCCAUUUCUUGUUUUAUGGUAGGAGGGGAAAAAAGACUUUGCCUCCCUCAAGUCUUAAAUUCCGUUCUCCGGGACUUCUCACUCCAGCAAAUUAACAUUGUCUGUGAUGAAAUGUAUAUAUAUUGCUCACGGUGUACUUCGGACCAGCUCCACAUUUUAAAGGUUCUGGGCAUACUUCCAUUUAAUGCCCCCUCUUGUGGUUUGAUCACACUAACUGAUGCUCAGAGACUAUGCAAUGCUCUUUUGCGGCCACAGACUUUUCCACAAAAUGGAAGCUUGCUGCCUGCAAAAAACUCUUUGGCUCAAUUAAAGGAAACUGGUAGUGCCUUUGAAGUGGAGCAUGAUUGUUUAGGAAAGUGCCAGGGUUUAUUUGCACCUCAUCUUUUCUCCCAGCCAGAUGCCCCUUGCAUUCAAUGUUUGGAAUGUUAUGGGAUGUUCUCAACUCAAACCUUUGUGAUGCACUCUCACAGAUCCCCUGACAAAAGGACUUGCCAUUGGGGUUUUGACUCUGCUAAGUGGCACUGUUAUGUCCAUCUUAGUCCAAAAUAUCUAGACACACCUGAAGGUAAAAAGAUGAAUGCGCUCCUAAAGGAAAUGAAAGAAAAAUUCAGCAAGAAAAAUCAGCCGAAAAGGAUUCAACCAAAAGGGGAACAUAUCCAGACAUUGGAAUUACCCUCUUGGUACCCAGUCAUAAAGCAAGAAGAUGAUCCCACUAAUAGACCACAUUUGUUGCACCCCAGCUACUAUCUGUACAUGUAUGAUAAGGUUGUGGCACCAAAUGUGUCCCUCACAGCUACUGUAUCGCAGUGCAAGGAAGCAAAAAUAGCAAAGAAAGAGGUUGUGACCAGCAAAUAUUCUGUGGAGCUAGAGAAGCAGGCAAGAUGCGGCAAACAUAAAUCUGCUACCUCAUACCCUGACCUCUCCAUAGAGGAACAAGAGAGGGUAGAUCUGAAAUCCAACAUAGAGAAAAGUAACAAUAAACAGCCCAAUGCAGUGGAUGUGGAAAAGGACGGAUCUACUUGUAAUAAGGAUGUUCUCUGUGUGGAUGACAAAAGCCAAAUUAUGGAAGAAGUUGUCAAAACAUUCUUGAAACAGCAAGAGAAACUGAAUUAUAUUCUGCAGAAGAAGCAGCAAAUUCAAAUGGAAGUUGAACUGCUAAGCAAUUCCAAAACUAUGAAGGACCUGACUGCGGAGCAACAGAACUUGCAGAAAGAGUUUGAAUCCUUGCAGACUGAGCACAUGCUAAAAAUGGAGGAAUUAUAUGAUGAGCAGCGAGAUUUGGAAGAAAAGCUGAAGCAAGUUAAAAAGCAGAAGUGCUCAUGUGAUUUGAACACAGACAGGGACAAAGAAACACAAUAUGCAAACCAGUUGACAGAACUACGGCAAAGGCUGGACCAAGCUGAAGCAGACAGACGAGAGCUUCAGGACGAGUUAAGGCGUGAACGAGAAGCCAGGGAGAAACUGGAGAUGAUGAUUAAAGAGCUGAAGCUUCAGAUUUUGAAAUCUGCUAAAAGUGGGGAUGGGGAGUAAAGUAUGCAGCACCCAGAUAAUACAUUACACUUCAAACAGGGUUUAUUUACUUAAUAUGGAGAGAACAGUGUGGCAUGUUUUAAUAUAUGCGCUUCCCUGUCAUAUGAAACAUUCUUCAUAUGUCUGUGUAGUUUGUAAUACCUUCUAAAUGAAGGCGUCACCAGUAAUGUCUGGCUGGGUGCUUAACUUUUCUUGUUUUUGUUUUGUAAGACCAAACUGUUUUUUGUUUUUAAUCUUGAGAUAUGAAUGAUAUUUAUAAUCUUAUAUGUGCAGCACUUUCUGGCUCCACCUAUAUGGCAGUUGCCAAACCAUUUCACUCAAGUGAAAGGACCAUUUUGAUGCUGCUAACACUUGUUCCCCCACCCCAAUUGCGUGGAGAAGCCAAGCUCCUGGAUAUUGUUAAGAAUGUGUUGUUCUAAAAGUGACAGAUAUAUUGUAAAAGUGUGGAGCUAUGUUUGCCAUAAGAGAUACUGUAUAAGGUGUUGCUUCAAAACUGCUUGAGAGCAUAUAGAGUUUUAAAGGUUAAAAAUAGGAAGCAACUAGUUUCCGAUAUCACUUUUAUCUUCAAUUAGCCCUAUAUGUAUAUGUGUAUAUAUAUAUAUAUAUAUAUAUAUAUAUAUAUAUAUAUAUAUAUAUAUAUAUAUAUAUAUAUAUAUAUAUAUAUAUAUAUAUAUUUGAAAAUUUUAAAUUAGUCCAGCUUGACAUUGGCUGCAGAAGCAGUUUGGGGUUGAACCGAGGACCAGCCCUGUCAUAUUAUGCAAUUGUACUAUUUAUUUAUUUUUUCCAUGAAUUGAAAUCCACCAUUGCAGCUAAGGAAUAAAAAAGUUUCUUGGCAGAAGUUAUGUGGAUAGUAGCAUUGCCCGAACAAUUAGUGUUUGUAAAUUUGCACGUAUGUACUAUUUUUUAAUGCCAGGCAGAGUUAGUAGCUGGCUAUCCAGAUCACGCUGGUACCCAGUCGCGAAUGUCUAGAAAGACAAGGUUUUCCAGAACAGCCCUCCAGGACAGCUGGCUAAGCAUUCAUAAUAUGCUUUUCUCUAAGGGAUAAUUAACCUUGUUCCUACCACAGAUAGAAAAGCAUUGCGCUGAUGCUCCUGCGGCAGAACUUGUGCAAUCCUUGUGUAAUACAUUUAAACUCACUAAAGACAAUGCAGUUUUGCCACACACUUUCUAUAUCUUCUUUUUCUGCCUUAUCAAUAAUUCUGCCUCAACUUAUCAUAUCAUAUACCCAACAUUAGAACUGGAUAACUGAAAUACUUUAUAUAAAGCUCUUCUUCUUUCAUUUCUGAUACAUCCAGGUCUUAGCACGUGUAGAGAGAUUGUGGUCCAAUGUCCGUGCUACCUGAAUAACAGUGAUACAUACCAUUAAUGUUUCAUCCUGUUUAUUUAUUAUUGUAUCUCCUGGUUGUAUGUUUCCUCCGUGUAAAUACUGAAUUAUUCUAAUACUUAAAUAUUUAUCAUAUAAAUUAAUUUAUAAAGCAUUUAUUUGACAUUCAUAUUUUUUAAAGAUGAAACGAUAGUUAACAGUGCCAUAAUUUCAGUAAUGCUUGUGUAAACUUGUAUAUAUUGUAAAAUAUAUCCUAGAUUCACCUUGCUUAAAAAGCUUCACUAAUCAUGCAUUAAUUGAUCCUGUAAAAAUCAGAUAAUACCAUGUUUUACAAGCUACUUAAAAAGACGGUACUUCCUUUAUUGUUUCGUGGUGCAUUGGCUACAGCAUGAAUAUAUUGUAUAGUAGUGAAAAAGUGAGAUGUUUUGUUUCAAUUUUUUUUGUACUGGUGCAGAGUUUUAUCAGAAGGCAGAUGAUUUUGGUUGAGAAAUUGCAGCAUCUAGCAGAAAUAAGAGGUAAUGUAAAUGUUCAAGGCCAUUGCAUUGUUUUCCUAAAUACAUAAAAUAAAAUUAUUAAAAUAGA